AACCGUACGUUGACAGCAUUAUCCAAUGAAAUUGUGUUGUUGUUUAAAAGUAAAUUUAAAAACAUUUUUGCAAUUGUAGCAUUUUAGAAAUUUCUUUGUCCAACAAAUUGGGUUUUUUAAAAAUAUCCUUUUAAUUUUAACUAUCUUAAAGUUAUUUUAAAAAUAUUUUAAUGUUUAUAUAUUAGGAAAUUCAAUUUAAGUGUUCCGGGAUAUCGUUUUAUACCAGGACAAGAUAAUUAUGUUUUCAAAAGAAGCCUCAAAAAACGUUAAGGGUGCAAGUUAUUCAAGAAAGUCUGGGCAAAACAAUGCAGUUAAUAAAGUACCAGGAAAAGAAAAUGCUAAAAAAGCUGAUGUAAAAUCUAACUCAUUAGUUAAACAAUCAGCAUUUCAGGCUCCAUCAAGUUCAAUGCAUCCUAAACUAAACCCAGUACCAGCAAAUGCUCUAAGACAAAAACUGGCUGACUGUGCUAAGCGAUCUGAAGCUGUAGACAAACUACUUGGAAAGAAAAUUUUUAAAAAUGAACAAAUUCUUAAAACUGACAAUCCUACAAAUACAGAUGACAGCAAUGUCUGUGACAGUGAUAAAACUUUGCCAUUAGCCUCAACAAAAGCAAGCAAUGAGAAUGAUCCCGACAAAACUUUGCUUCUAACCUUAACCGGUAAAAAUGCAGCCAAUAGUGAUGAACAAAGUGUUAAAAAUAUUCCUACAACAAGUUCCUGCUCUAAAGAUGAGGAUGUAUUUAAAAAACCAGACGUACCAGUUCCAACCAAAAAAACUGCUCAUAAGUCAUCUGUUCCUAGUAGCUCUGAAUCUAAAAAUGGGAAUCAAAAAUGGACUUUAGAUGACUUUGAUAUAGGUCGCCCACUUGGAAAAGGAAAGUUUGGAAAUGUAUAUUUAGCUCGAGAAAAGAGAACAAAAUUUGUAGUAGCUUUGAAAGUUUUAUUUAAAGCACAAUUGGAGAAAAAUAAAGUUGGACACCAACUUAGAAGAGAAAUAGAAAUUCAGUCUCAUCUAAGGCAUCCAAAUAUCUUGAGGCUGUAUGGUUAUUUCUAUGAUGAUAGUAGAGUGUAUCUAGUCUUGGAAUAUGCCCCUGGUGGUGAACUGUAUAAAGUUUUACAAAAGUGUAAACGAUUUGAUGAAAAAACUGCCGCAACUUAUCUGUCUAAGAUUGCUAGUGCCUUGAAAUACUGCCACUCAAAAAAGAUUAUUCACCGUGAUAUCAAGCCGGAAAACCUACUAUUGGGUUUGAAUGGUGAAAUGAAAAUUGCUGAUUUUGGAUGGUCUGUUCACGCCCCAUCUUCUAGGCGCACAACUGUCUGUGGUACCUUGGACUACCUUGCUCCAGAAAUGCUUGAGAAUAAAAAGUAUGAUGAAAAGGUUGAUUUAUGGUGUCUUGGAAUUUUGUGCUAUGAGUUCUUAGUAGGAAAACCACCAUUUGAAGCUGAAUGCAUGGUUACUACACAGUCACUCAUCUGCCGUGCAGCAAUUAAGUUUCCCCCAUCUGUAUCCAGUGGAGCCCAGGAUUUCAUUUGCAAGCUUUUACGAAAAAACCCAUGUGAACGAAUGAAUGUUGAUCAGGUUUUAGCUCAUCCAUGGUUGCUAGAAAAUAAACUAGAAAAAUUGCCAAAUGUUUAGAAAUGAUGACCUGAUUCAAGUGUCUGGAAUAUUGAAAGAUUUUCAUAUGAGAAAUCUGUUGCUAUUUAGAAUAUUGAUCAGGGAUUUUUACGCUGAAACGUGCAUAGCUUGCCAUAAAAUUAUAAAAUUUUAAUUUUUGUGACUAAAUCAACAAUUUUAAUGUAUUGAUUAUUUAUAUAUAUAAAUUGAUAUUUUAAGAGCAAUGUUUGCUUGAUAUUCUGUUCAAUGUAUCAAAAGGGGUUUUGCAUCAUGCUUGUGUUUUAAUAUUUUUCAUGUCCAAUUGCGUAAUUGUGUUUGUAUAUAUAGAAAACUUUUUAUGUGUAUAAUAAAAUUUCAACAAUCUGUAA